CGGAGCCAAGCGGGUGCAGGGCGCGCGCAGCGCACGGACCGCGGCCCGGGAGACCCCGGGAGGCCUGGGAGGUCUGGGGAGAGACGGAGCCCGCGGGUGCAGUGGGUGCCUCUGGCCACCGCCCGGCCCCGUCCCGCACGACAUGCCGGGCAUGAUCCGCAAGAACCCGGACCUCGAGUUCGACUCGCUGCAACCCUGCUUCCUCCCAGACGAGGAUGACUUCUACUUCGGUGGCCCCGACUCCACGCCGCCGGGAGAGGACAUCUGGAAGAAGUUCCAGCUGCUGCCCACGCCUCCGCUGUCGCCGAGCCGGGCGUUCCCGGAGCCCGCGGACUGGGCCACCGAGAUGCUGCUGUGCGAGCCUGACUUGUGGGGCGACCCGGCCGAGGAGGAGGCGUUUGGUCUGGGGGAACUGAGCCGCCUCACCCCGAACCCCGUCAUCCUGCAGGAUUGUAUGUGGAGCGGCUUUUCGGCGCGCGAGAAGCUGGAGCGCGCGGUGAGCGAGAAGCUGCAGCUGGGCCGCGCGCUCCCGGCUCUUGCGCCCCCCACCUCGGGACCCCCGGGAGUGCGGCCUGGAGGCGCCGCCGACUGCGUGGACCCCGCCGCGGUCUUCCCAUUCCGGCCGACUCCCCGCGAACCCGUGCCCACCGCCCCGGCCGGAAUCCCGGCGCCAGGCGCAGCCCCGGUGGUCACCGAUGUCCCUGCAGUGGCUGCAGCCGCAGGGGCCGCCUCACCACGCUCUGAUGACCGUUCAGACAGCACCGUGGCGCCGAGCACCUCCGGCGAGGACACGCUGAGCGACUCGGAUGACGAGGAUGAGGAAGAAGAAGAGGAGGAGGAGAUCGAUGUUGUCACCGUGGAGAAGCGGCGCUGCUCCUCUGGAGGCAAGGCGGUUACCACCUUCACCAUCACCGUGCGCCCAAAGGGCUCGGGCCGCCCGGGCCUCAGUGAGCUGCCCCUCAAACGCUGCGCCCCCGUCCACCAGCAGCACAACUAUGCGGCGCCCUCACCGUUUGAGGAGAGCGAGGAACCGCGGCAGAAGAGACCCAAGGGCGAGGUGGUGCUGCGGCCCCUCAAGGGUGCAGCCCCUGCCAAGCCCAAGAACUCAAGCCCGCGGCACUCAGACUCGGAGGAUAGUGAGCGCCGGCGCAACCACAACAUCCUGGAGCGGCAGCGCCGCAACGACUUGCGCUCCAGCUUCCUGACACUCAGGGACCACGUGCCCGAACUGGUGCGCAACGACAAGGCUGCCAAGGUGGUCAUUCUGAAGAAGGCCGCAGAGUACGUGCGGGCCCUGCAGGCCGCAGAGCAGCAGCUGCUGCUGGAGAAGGAGGCCUUGCAGGCCCGGCGGCGGCAGCUGCUCCAAAGCGUGGAGCUCGCCAGGACUUGCUAGGCAUCCCUCAACAUGCGGGACGGCGGAUGCACGCUCACUGCCACGUUUUGCACAUUUGGAUUCUUAUUUUUAAACAUGUGUUGACAUUAAGAAUGUUAGUUUACUUUCUCCAAUUGGCCUCCUUUCGUGUUUGGAUCUGGGUGGGGGCAGGACCUGUGGGGUUCUACGGGAUGUCUAGGAGCUCUCCCUGGGUGGCUUUGGGUCUCUGCUGUCCACCCCAUGGCAGCUGUGAUAUCAUGACCGAUGGAGCCGUGGUCUGGGACCACCGUCACCGUGGUUCCUCUCCUUUUUACAAUGGUGCUUAAACUCCAGCGGCGUGCGCCUGGGACGUCCGUGUAAAUACUGUGGACACCGCCUUGUCCUGGCGGGGAGGUGGCCGUGGCCCAGCUCUCGAGAGUGCUGUAAUGAUACCUCAAUGUUUGAGGGGCAUGGUUUGUAUACGAAUCUGUUGUUAAUCCCGGUUCUGUACUGUACUAAUUCCUACACUGCCUGUAUACUUUAGGAUGACGCUGAUAUAUAACUACAUUUGAUACUUAUAUUUUCGUAUGAAAAUGAGUUGUGAAAGUUUUGAGUAGAUAUUACUUUAUCACUUUUUGAACUAAGAAAAUUUUGUAAAGAAAUUUACUAUAUAUAUGCCUUUUUCCUAGCCUGUUUUUGUUUUUCCCCCCGUUAAUGUAUUUGUUCAUGUUUGGUGCAUAGAACUGGGAAAUGCAAAGUUCUGUGUUGAAUUUCUUCAAAAUGUAUAUAUUUA